AUGGCUGAAUAUUAUCUUGGUUGGGAAUUGUUAGAGUUGGAAGAAAGGGUUAGGAUGUUAGAGAGGAGAGUAGAGAGAAAAGUACUCAGAGAUACUCAAAAUCCAUAUGAUCUACCAAUAAACGAAUUCAUGAACACAUUCAGAGUUAGUCCAGAACUUGCUAUGGACUUAACAAACAGCAUUCGUGAUUCACUUCAACGUGAACGUAGUUCAGGACUUCCAGUUGAAAUUCAAGUUUUAGUAGUGGUGAACUUCUAUGCAAAAGGUAGUUACCAACGAGCUACAGGAGAUAAUUUUAUUGCAAAUGUUAGUCAGUCCUCGGUCAGCAGAUGCAUACAUAGUGUAACCAAUGCUAUAAUUCAAAAACUAUUGAGGCGUUGGGUUCGUUUUCCAAUGACAGCAAUUGAAAGGGACAGGGCUCGAGAAAAGUUUUCAAAUGCCCCACAAGCUUUCGAAGGUGCUAUUGGAUCUAUUGACUGCACACAUAUAAAUAUUCUUGACCCAAAGAAUCAUGAAGAAGCAUACGUGAAUUAUCAUGGGAACCAUUCUCUAAAUGUUCAAGCGGUAGUUGAUCCAGAGUUAAAAAUAUUAAAUAUUAACGCCAGAUUCCCAGGUGCAAGAAAUGAUUCUUACAUAUGGAGUGUUUCUCCUAUACGGAGGGCUAUGGAAUUUCAUUACAAUAGGGGUGAAAGAUACACAUGGUUAAUUCGUGAUGCUGGUUAUCCUCUUGAGCCUUGGCUUUUAACACCACUAACGCGUUAUCCAGAAGGGACACGACAGUAUCAAUAUACAAAAAAACACUGCAAAGCCAGAAACAUUGUAGAAAGAUUUUUCGAUGUAUUCAAAAGUAUGUGGAGAUGCCUCUCAUAUCAACGUGUAUUGAUGUAUGCACCUGUAACUGCUGGAAAAAUUGUAAAUGCAUGCGCAGUUAUACAUAACAUGCGUGUUCAUUAUCGUCUUCCUAUUCUGCCUUUCGAAGAUUGUAUUGAACAAGAUUCAGUUGGAGGAAAUAAUAGAAUUAAUGAAAAUAAUGAAAUUGAAGAUAGAAGAGGACCAAGGGUGGUUGCAAUGAGAAUACAGAAACAGUUAAUGGCAAACUGGUUCCCUAAUUAUGUUGAUGGUGAUCAAUAA